AAUUUGACACAUUAUGAAAACAGCAUCGAGUGUUGUGGUUUAACAAAUUUGGUAAAAUAGUGAAAUAAUCCCACAAACGAUGGCUCCGACCGUGCAGAACGGUGCUAACGGAGCCGAUAAGCGUCCCGUUCGGCAGCAAGAGCGCAGGUCGGAGCUAAUUUCUCGAGUGAAAUAUUGCAACACUUUACCGGAUAUUCCGUUCGACCUGAAGUUUAUUACGUACCCGUUUGAGAAUGAUCGCUUCAUCCAGUACAACCCAACCUCACUGGAGCGGAACUAUCGCUACGAGGUGCUUACCGAGCACGAUCUGGGCGUCACAAUCGAUCUGAUUAACCGUGAUCUGUACCAAAUCGACCAUUCGGCCCAGCUCGAUCCAGCCGACGAAAAGCUGCUCGAGGAAGACAUUCACACGCCGCAAGAUUCGAUGCGGAGCAGCCGGCACGCGAAGAGUGUGUCAUGGUUGCGAAAGUCGGAGUACAUCUCCACCGAGCAGACGCGCUUCAAUCCGCAAACGAUGGAAAAGGUGGAAGCGAAGGUCGGCUUCAAUGUGAAGAAAAGUUUACGCGAGGAAACGCUCUACAUGGACCGCGAGGCACAGAUCAAAGCGAUCGAAAAGACGUUCGAGGACAAUACCAAGCCUAUUACGACGCACUACAGCAAGCCGGGUGUUACGCCGGUUGAGAUUAUGCCCGUCUUUCCGGACUUUGCCAACUGGAAGUAUCCGUGUGCGCAGGUCAUUUUCGACUCGGAUCCGGCCCCGAGCGGCAAGAACGUUCCGGCCCAGAUCGAGGAAAUGUCACAGGCCAUGAUCCGUGGUGUGAUGGACGAAAGUGGCGAACAGUUUGUCGCGUACUUCUUGCCGACCGAGGACACACUCGAGAAGCGACGGCGCGAUCUGGUCAACGAGACGCUGUACGAGGAUGAGGAGGAGUACGAGUACAAGAUGGCGCGCGAGUACAACUGGAACGUGAAAAGUAAAGCGUCGAAGGGUUACGAGGAAAACUACUAUCUCGUGCUGCGCCAGGACGGUAUCUACUACAACGAGCUUGAGACGAGGGUACGGUUGAGCAAACGGCGACAGAAGAAUGCACAGCAGCAGAGCAACACGAAGCUGGUCGUUAAGCAUCGGCCACUGAAUGCUUCCGAGCAUCGUAUGCAGCGUUAUCGCGAGCGCCAGCUUGAACCGCCUGGCGAAGAAGACGAUGAGGACAUUGAAGAGGAGGAAGAAGAAGAGGAGGACGAAGAGGAAGCGCAAGGAACGCAGACGCAGGGCGGCGAAGGUAAAGGAGACAGUGAUCAGGAUAUCGAAAAGGCUAAACGAGACGAUCGGGACAGAAGCCGGUCCAAAAGUCGUUCGCGAUCCCGAUCGCAGGGCUCCGGAACUUCACGCUCUAGGUCAAGAUCGGGCACAAGAUCUCAAUCGAGAUCCGUUUCGCGAAGUCGUAGCCGAUCCAAGUCGGGUAGUCGCAGUCGUAGCGGUUCGGGAAGUCGGAGCCGUAGCGGAAGUCGCUCACCAACACGCAGCCGUAGUCGAAGCGUUUCUCGCUCCCGUUCUCGUUCGGGAUCACGGCGCAAAUCAACAUCGCGUUCUCGUUCACGAUCCGGUUCGCGAUCCCGUUCCAGAUCUCGCUCGGGCUCACGGUCGGGAUCCGGUUCGCGUAGCCGCUCUCGAACUCCGGACGGUGGAGGUUCGCGUAGUGGAUCAGGCAGCCAGUCGGGCAGUGAAUCGGAAUAAGUACAA